AUGGAAACGGACGAUCCCUACUGGUACAACACCUUCCUGCACAACCCGCCCAGAGAGGUCACUAUGGCAUACACAGACUUCCUCCUAGCCCAGCAAGAAGGAGUGUGCAAUUGCAAGUGGGUGACCUACUGUGGCAAGCUCGCCGGGCCAAUGCAUGUUGCGUUGCCUUGCUGUGGCAUCGAUGGUUCUGGCUGGGCCUUGAAAGCAAUGAAGGCCAAUUUUUGUUGCAACAACGUGUAUGACCUGGAAGCUAGGUACACGCAGUACUUGGAAAAGUACAUGACCGAAGGCUCUGCUGCCCAACUUCACCUAGGGCCCUCUGAAGGAAAUGUUCUCCAAACAGACAUUUCCACAUGGGAACGACCAACCCAUGUUCUGCUGGCAGGGCCACCAUGCCCUCCGUGGGCGGGCAAUGGAUGUCACCGAGGAGAACGUGACGAGCGGGCCACCGUUUUCCUCCAUAUAGUGAAAGUGGUGGGCGCUCUUGCCAAGUGCGGCGAGUUGCAGGCAGCAUGCUUGGAGAAUGUGAAGGGUAUACUCCACAAGGGGAAAGACCAAAAGGACUCUUUCAUGCAGCGGCUGGUCACCACUUUACGAAGUGAAAUUCCCGAGUUCCUGUGGGAUGUCUCUGUGCUUAAAGCAAGGGAUUACUGCCUAGCGCAGGAUCGAACUCGAGUGUUCCUGAGGGGGAUCAGGUCCAGCCUUUGCCCUGCAGGAGAAGUUCCGCCAGUGCUGCCACCCUUUGGCCAAAGAGAUCUAAAAGAAUUUUUGGCCCCAGGCUUGCCUCCUGUGGACAGAAAGGCUUUGACAAAGUGUAUGCAAAAGAACCUGCAGGACGCACAGGAACAGUUGAGACAGCUGCACGCCGAAGGCCAGCUGUCCAUGGACGAUGUGGUGUGCUACCCACUUGACAGAGCCGAUGAGAAAACCUACAAGCGCCAGGUGUGUCAAAACAGAACGCCUACUCUUUUGACUGGCAACUCCUAUCUGUUCAUUUCCGAUGUCAAUGUGGAUGCUCCAGAUGCACAGCGCCAGUGGUUUCGCUUCUUGUUGCCCGAGGAGCGUUUUACAUUGCAAGGAUUCCCCAGUGAGAUCUCCAGCUCUUUCCGCAGCACCGCCCUCAAGGUGAAAGCAGCUGGCAAUGCGUACCCAGUGCCUUUGAUUGGCGCUGCUGUGGCUGGUUUACUGCAGAAAAUCACAUCUCUGCCUGACACGCAGGAACCGCUGGAAGACCCCAAGCGCCUCUGCGAACAGCUGGAGGAAGUCAUGUAUGGUUCGGGAAACAACAAGACAGCUCCAAGCAAGACGUCCAAGAUGAAGAGGCCAGCUUCGGGAAGCAUGAUGGCCAAGGAGAACCCAGCUUCCUCAAGCACCGCGAAGCCGGCUCCUUCAAAGAGAGAAAUCAAAAAGAAACCAAGGAGCAGCUUCAAGAAGUUGGAAAAACACAACGAGGAGAAGAAGGAUGCCGGGAACCCAGCCGAAGAAGGUCUGAAAAGGCCUGCGUUGCAAGCCCAAAGCAGCAAGCAGGCUAGCCUGCGCAGUGCCAAGCAUGAGGGGCAAGCCAUGGCUGAAGCUCGUUUCGUGGGCAUGCUGGAUUACUUAGAAGCCUUGCGGCUAAUUGCAAUUCUUUACCUGGCCUCUCACAAAGGGCCUGCCGACGAGCUCCAGUUCAAUGCCAAGCAAGCGCUGAGCACUUUGAAUACUUUGAAAACUAUCCUCAGAGGAAUGCAGGCGCACCUUAACUCUGGCUUGAAGUUUUAUCCAUCUGAUCCCUCUGAACUUGCGGAAGAUCUUUUCCGCAAAGCUUAUUCACAAGAGAAACCAGCACAGUGCCCUUUGGAGGAAGCCGGCUUGCAUUUUCUGCGCAAAGUGCUGCCUGCCCGGGACACGCACAGUUCUGUACGCGGGCAAUUUGGGAAGCCUGGCUUUUCCAAUCACACACCAUCGGGCGGCAGCAUGGCCGACAUGUUUGGCAUGAUGCAGACAUUCAUGCCUAUGCUUUGCAAUCAGUUUGGAGGAGGGAAGGGGUUGGACCUGCAAAUGUUUCCACAAAGGAAGAAGAAGAGUUGGGCGGCUGCAGCACCAUUGGCGCUGGAGGCCCCUGCAGAUUCGCCUGCAGCUGAGACUGCCAAGGUCGAGCCUUCCCCUGGCGAGGAGCCAGCAGCGAGCCCAACAGAGAAGAUUGAAGGCGAGAACAGUGCAACACCAAGCCUUGGAGGCUUGGCUUCCAAAGAUGUUGAUAAAAUGGCGCAAGAGGUUCUUGCUGCGCUCGGUGAAAAGAAGGAAAAGAAUGGUAAAGCAGCUGCAGCACCGGCCAAGAAAAAAACUCCCAAAAGCAAAGCGAAAGGUCCAAGCAAGAAGGAUGAGAAGGAUGCAAAAGAUGAGGGCCCACCGCCCAAGAAGAUGAAGGCAGCCCUUCCUUUUCCUGGAGAAGGUCCUGCCGAACCCUUGCACUACUGCAAUGCGACCAUUUACAUUUGUCCAAACAGCUCUAGCUACCGAGUGAAAUUGGCCGGCGAGCGGAAAGACAAAUCCUUUUCCUGGAAUGCUGGGGCCGAGUGA